AUGAAGAUCACCAUGCCAUCCAAGAAGCCAGCAUUUUGCCCAAAGAAGGGCUUCUCCUGCAAAGAUCUCCACAUUGCAAUUGUGGACAUCCCAAACAAGACUCCGGUUCUUUCUGCCUUCGCUUACAAGCUGAAGCCUCUCGAGAUGGACUCCCAGAUGCAUCUCCAAGAUGCCGUGGAGGCGGCAGUCAAGGAAUAUGCCAAUCACCGUGAUGUAACGAUGCUUGUCACUCUUCCGGGAUGGGCCUACUGGCCCAAGGAACAGUUUGUGGAUUUCGUUGGGUAUUGCCAGUUCCAUGGAGACGUCAAGCGUCUCUGCUGUGCCACCUCUGACUGCAUUGUCCUCAUGACGCAGACUGACUACACUGUCACCAUUCGUAUCUUCGGAAACAACAAGCUCUUGGAAGCAACAACCGAAUCGAAGGACGAGAGUUUCGACUCUUUUGAAGAGGAAGAAGGCCUCACCCAAGACAUUUUGCCCGCCAUGAAGAUGUCCCCCAUGCGUACUCGUAAGCAGCGUUACAACUGA